AGACCCGCUAAUCCCUACGGCAGCUAGCGGUGUGUGUCAUUUGCCUCUGCCUAAGUUUAUCCGCUUCGGGCGCAUUACAAGUCGGCAACUUCAGACGCCGUGUUCCCUCCAAUCCAGCCGACCUCUCGCGGUAUCUAACACGCACGACACGGCGACCUUUAAAACAACCCACACAGGAACCUUACCCGUAGUAUGACGGCAUGCUUGCUCACCACACCACCGCUGGAGCCCACGCUGUACGUGCACACACACUGAGCCGAUCGAGACACUCAUCUUAUUUUCGAAGAAGGCCGCAGUACUUCCGGUGUCGUGCAAACAAGACACAACUCUCUCACGAUCCUCGUAGAUCCUGAACAAGGAGUCAUUUCUGAGACCAUUCCCACCACCUGAGAACCACCAUCACGGUCUUGCUUUUGAGGACGGCGUAAGGCUCCUUACAUUUCUAGGCAAGUUUCACAUGACCAAUCUCCUUGAGAAAGUUGUGUCCUUUCUCUAUGAUCAAUUGACUGGCAUUGCUACAUAGGGAAGCAAUUGUUUUUGCCUAUUAAGUGCUGCAUGGGGUCAUUUGAGUUCGCGCAUUGAAUGUGGCGUUCGUGCACAAAAGUGACAAUGGAACUUGAGAGAUAUUGAGAGGGUGGUGUUUCAACUUUAAUGGUUCGUCACAUCUUCCAAAUGUUUGAACAGGUCAUCUCACGGUAACAGAUCUGAGGUCUUCCGUUUUCAGCAAUCAUCAUGGAUAUCGUUCUGAAUGUCGCCGAUGACUACUUCUUCGACAAGUUCCACGUGUACCCACAGAGCUGGUCCAACGACUUGUGGAUCCGGCAGGUCUGCAGCUUGUACGUGUUGACGUGUCUCUCGGGAGUCGGCUUGUAUCUGGCCUCGGCGAGCUUCAACUACUUCUUGCUCUUUGAUCGUCGGUUAGAGAAACAUCCGCUGUUUUUGAAGAACCAAAUAAGGCGGGAAAUAGAGACCUCGGUGAAGAUCCUGCCUGUCAUUGCCGUAAUGACGGUCGGCAUGUUCUUCGUAGAGGUUCGAGGCUACAGCAAGCUAUUCGACGGAAUACCAAGUGGGGAACUCGGUUGGUUGUUGAUCACCCGAGACAUCCUUGGUUUCAUCUUCUUCACCGAUUGUGCCAUCUACUGGAUCCAUCGCUGGAUGCAUAAUCGUCUUGUCUACAAACACGUCCAUAAGAUGCAUCACAUCUGGAAAGUCCCCACCCCCUUCGCAAGCCACGCCUUCCACCCCAUCGAUGGAUUCUUGCAGAGCCUGCCUUACCAUCUGUAUCCCUUCCUCUUCCCGCUCAACAAAUACGCCUACUUGGUGCUCUUCGUGCUGGUCAACGUCUGGACCAUCAGCAUCCACGACGGUGACUACCGGGUGCCAGCGUUCCUUCGACCCUUCAUCAACGGCUCGGCGCACCACACCGACCACCAUCUUUACUACAACUACAACUACGGGCAGUACUUCACGCUGUGGGAUCGGAUCGGAGGGUCCUUCAAAACGCCCUCAGCGUUCGAGGGAAAAACACUGGUGGAAGAGAUCAUGGACAAAGAGAGAAAUGGGAAAAACCACGUGGACUAAUUCAACCAAUCAGAUGUGUGGUACUACUAGCAUCGAACUUUUAACUAAGAGAAAAUGUGAAUGGCCACACAUGUCCUAUAUAUUGACUUUGAUACUAAGCAUUGACUUUAGAGAAGAAGAAAGUGUGAAUUUGAUCACUAUAAGUGCUUCAUUACUAGCAUUUGACUCUCGCUUUGAAGUUUAAUGUGAACUCUGUUGCUUCAAAACGUCUACCAUAGUACGGCCAUCAUUACGGGAUGGUUUUGCUGGGUUGGCUUACAGGGGCGAAACCAAGAUUGACGAAAACGAGAAGGGAAACUGCAAUACACCACCUUAAAAAAGUAAAGUGAAGAAUGGUUAUUAAAUCGAGAUGGAGCAAAGCUGACUUCAAUUGCUUUGGAUUCGCCCCUGAUAGCAAGGCGUUUAUAUUUAUUGGUAAUUUUUUUUCUAUACAAUAGAAAAUUGUACAUAUAAAAAAGACAAGGUAUUUUGAAUCGGGUAUUAUGUUCACUUUAAAAUUGUGUACUGAUUGCCUUUCUUAUUUAAUCAAAAUCAUGAAAUGAAGGAUACGUUUUAGUAUUAGAGGCUGACAGAACUGAUAGAGGGGAUAUUUUUUUUUCAGUGCGGUUUAAAGAUAUUUUGAUUAACACUGUCAAAUCGUUUAAUUACGUUGAGGUCCAUAAUCGUGUUUUUAAUUGAUUUACAAUCAAUUAAAUUUGGUAAUGAAUGCAAAUAAUAAGCUGUAGUGCGGUUAAAAGAAUUGACCUUUGUUGUCGUU